UACAAAAACACAACAUAAACAUCCCUACUAAGAACCAGGUCCUUAAUACACACAAAUGGCUGAUCAUCAAUUCAACUCAGACAUACAAAAUUUUAUUAGUAAUUCACCAUUUUCUUUAUUAAAUUUGGAUUCGAAUAUCGAUUUCAUGAACCAAUUUCCAGAUAUGAUGAACAUUCCAUGUUCUUCAGACAUGUCAAGUUUCAAUUUACAGAGCUCAAUGGAAUUUUCUAAUGAAAAUGAUUUCACUCAAGUAGCUGAGUUUCCAGGAAGUUUACAAGAAAUUUUUCAAGGAAAUAUACAACAAGAAAGCAAAAAAGAAGAAAUUAAUGAAAGCAAAAAAAGGAAAAUUAGUGAUACUCCAGAAAGCAGUUCAGUUUAUUCGUCCCCUGCAGUUUCUGCUACUGGAAAUAAAAGGAGAAAUAAUAAAGGAAGAGGAAACAGAGUGAAAAGUGAUGAAAAGGAAGAAGAGAAACCAAGAGAAGUGGUCCAUGUUAGAGCCAAAAGAGGCCAAGCAACUGAUAGUCACAGCUUAGCAGAAAGGGUUAGAAGAGGAAAAAUUAAUGAAAGACUUAGGUGUUUGCAAGAUAUUGUUCCAGGAUGCUACAAGACAAUGGGCAUGGCGGGAAUGUUGGAUGAAAUUAUUAAUUACGUGCAAUCCUUGCAAAAUCAAGUCGAGUUCCUCUCCAUGAAACUUACCGCAGCAAGCUCAUACUACGACUUCAACUCGGAAUCUGACAUUUUUGUGUCAUUGCAGAGAGCAAAGGCAUAUGAAGCACUAAAAAUGCAGAAAAUGAUGAAGAAGGAAAUUGAAUGUGAAGUGAUGUCUUCAAAUCAAGUUGGCCCUUAUGGCCAAAAUUCUGGAAGUUAUCCAAUGUUGCCAUACAACACCUGAAGAUUCUUCCCAAAUUUUUUUCUGAUUAAAUUUUCAAUCAAGUUUUUUUUCCCACUUGGUGCUAUACAUUUGUAAUAUUUGUAUACAUUGGAAAAAAAAUAUUCAGAAAUUUAUAUAUUGGUAUAAUUGUAUUAGGCCUCACUCAGCUUUUAUGUGGGUACUUGACCAAAUCAUUUCUAGUGAACUGUUUGAUU